AUGCUGCAAAGGCCCCCGUCCGACUCCCCCGGUGGCCGGAACCGCGGUCCCCGUCUCUCGCGGGCACGAGCGUGUGCCGAGUGCAAGAGGCAUAAGAUCAAAUGCGAAGUGAGGCGGGGCGAGUCGUCUUGUAACAGAUGUCUCCGUAGCGGUACCGAGUGCGCGCCCUACGAUCCGAGCCAGAGAAUCUUGGACGAGCAUGCAGCCUGGAAGGCUGAGGCGACUGCCCAUAUCAGCCAGCUCCAGGCGGCUGUCAGGAGUCUCCUGCAGCACGACCGCCUUCCAGAUCUCUCCAGCUUCACGGCGGCGGCGGCUACCACUAGCCGAGCGAACUCGGCGCCGGGGGCCGUCUCAGCCGGAAGUGCUGCCAUCGAGGCCAUUGAUAUGCGCAGAGACGCUUCCCCAGAGAGACCGAAUGAUGACCCUGGUCUUGUUCCGGCUCCCAUGGGGAGCUUGUAUGAGCUGACAAAGGUGGCAAACCUGCGCGACGCCACCCUAACGUCGCUGCAGACGAUAUCCGUCGAAGAGGACCUGAUCUCCCGGGGUGUUAUAUCAGCUGCUGAGGGCCAGCACCUAUUUGCGCUGUACCUUGAGAAUCACCACCCGCUUCUCUGGGGGGGCGUUCUCUUCCCCUAUCGGACGCUAGAUGCUGUCCGCCAGGCUUCGGCCCUGCUUUCCACGGCUGUGAUGACUGUCGCUGCUCUGCACACGCCCGGGCGUACCGAGACACUCCAAACCUGCUACGAUGCGUUCGUGGCCCUCGUUACUAGCUCGUGCUUGUCGAGGCGCUACAGUAUCGACGACGUUCGAGCGUUGUGUCUCGCGGCGUUCUACCUCCCUAAUCUUAGUUGGAGACUUUCCGGACAGGCCGUCAGGAUGGCGGCCGAGAUGAACAUGCACCAAUCGUUCCAGAAGCUCAUAGACGGCGACCCGAGCCACCACGAACGGGUUAGGUUGUGGUACGCGCUCUACGUAUGUGACCGCCAUUUCAGCAUUGCCUAUGGUCGACCGUCGGCCAUGUACGGUGACACUGCAAUCGACGGCGUCGAGAGUUUUCUACGAAGCCCCUCUGCCGAAGCUGGUGACGUCCGGCUCUCGGCUCAAGUUGCCCUCUUCAAGAUACUCACUGAAGCCUAUCUAGAGCACGGAAGCGAUCAGAAUCAGGCCUUGAGCGAGCACGACCUCGACGGGUUGCGUACGUUCAACAUCUCGAUCGAGCAGUGGCGCCUGCUAUGGCAACCGCGCUCCUUGGAUAGCGUCGGCAUCGGGUCAUACCCGUCCAAGGGCGUGGUAAUGUACUAUCACUUUGCGCGCUUUCAGCUGAAUUCGCUCGCCUUGCGCGGGAUACGUUGGCCCAGUGCCGAACCGCUCUCACCGAAUCGCCGCGAGGCAGCCAUGACCGCUAUCGCAGCGGCCAUGAACACUCUCAUGUACAUCCUCGAAGAGAAUGACCUACGGCGGGCACUCAACGGAGUCCCGCUGUUCACGCACGCUAUGGUGACCUUCUGUGCUACUUUUCUCCUGAAGAUGGCUGCCAUAUGGGCCUUUGGUAGUGACGACCGAUUACAAGGACUGGGCCUCGGCUUUAAUCUGGACGGGGUCCUUCAUCUCACCCGCCGAUCGGCGGAUCUGCUUUCCGAGGUGGCGGAAAAGGUUAGUGAGAAGCAUUUGACCCGGCUUAUUGUCGCAGGAAUUCGGGAAAUGAUACGGCGAGUCACGGUAUCGAACAGGGUAGAUACAAGUCGUGUAGCCGCUGGAGAGCAUCACGAAUCUCUACGGUCGGGAAUUCAUAUGGGCGCGGAUGCAGCGAUCGACCCUGCGCCUAAUCAGAUAGGCAAUGGUACCCAUGAGAUGAUAUAUAACAUGGACCUUGAUAGCCUAGUUGGCUUACUGGAGUAUGGCUCCGGCGAGACUUUUCUGAGCCAAUUCCCCGCAGUCGGCUUCGAGUCAUGGGCAGCGCCGACUUGA